AUGCCCGUCUACCUGAUAUCCAAGGCUGUUGACCCGCUCUUCGCCGCCGCAAUUGGGUCAUCAGCCGCUCUGAUCCGCAUCAAGCGUGAAGAGAAGGAGAAGCAUCCCGAGGCGGAAGUAGGGCUUGGUACUGUGUUUGGGACUGGCAGUGAGAGGCUGAAGAGGUGGUGGGCUGGGGAGUUUGAUGGUGCUGCGAAGACGAGUGCUGUCGCGAAGUAA